UUCAAGAGCCUCUUACUCCUUUAUCAACCACAAGUUCUUCCCAAAAACAUCAACAACACUCACUUCCUUGCCAAUUCUCUGUCCACCCAAUCUUCUUCCCCACCUCCACACUAAGAUAAAAUCACAAAAAUCAGAGAUAAAUAAAUAGUGAUAUAAGAUAUAUUUACAUUACUAACUAAAAAAAACACACAAUAAUGAAUAAAAAGUCAAACCAAAUAUAUAAAAAAAAAAUGAAAAACUAAAAGUGGUAGUGAGAGUGAGAGACUAGAAUAGAAUAGAAUAGAGAAAAGAGAAAUGUUGGCUAAGGAAUCACCGGUUGGGUUUGACCUUCCCGAGGAAGUAUUGCAACUACUGCCGUCUGAUCCUUUCGAACAGCUCGACGUGGCCCGCAAAAUCACCUCCAUUGCUCUCUCGACACGUGUCUCAGCUCUCGAAUCUGAGUCGUCUGAUUUACGCGCCAAACUCGCCGAGAAGGAUGAUGUCAUCGCCGACCUUCAAUCCCAGAUUCAAUCUCUCGACGCUUCUCUUUCCCAAACCGCCGAUAAACUCGCCAUAGCCGAGCAUGAAAAAGAAACUUUAGUGAAAGAGAAUGCGACUCUGAGCAACCUCGUUAAGAAGCUCAACAAAGAUGUGUCGAAGUUGGAGGUGUUUAGAAAGACGCUUAUGCGAUCACUCCAAGAAGAUGAUGACAAUUCUGUUGGAGCUCCAGAUAUUGUGGCUAAAAUACAAAGCCAGCCCAGUUUGUCUUCUUCCUCACAAAUUGGAGAAGAUGAUCCUUCGGCUAUAUCCAGAAUAUCUUCAAUGCAGAGUCACUGCUCUGAAGUGGGAAAUUCAGUUCCUGAAGAUCGUGACACAGAAGUUACAAUGACAACCUCAAGGCCUCGCGUAUCACCUGGUCUCCUGUUGGCAUCACAGACUAGUACGCCUCGUCUAACACCUCCUGGAUCACCUCCAAGUGUCUCUGCAUCGGUCUCCCCAACAAAGACGUCUAAACCCGUGUCCCCAAGGCGACAUGCAAUGUCGUUUUCAACUUCAAGAGGCAUGUUUGAAGAUAGGUUCGGUUCUGCAACCUCAGGUCAUUAUGGAGCUGAUCCAGCUUCACAAACUGCAAGAACUCGGGUUGAUGGAAAGGAGUUUUUUCGCCAAGUCAGGAGUCGUUUGUCUUACGAACAGUUUGGUGCAUUCCUUUCAAAUGUGAAGGAACUAAAUUCUCACAAGCAGACAAAAGAGGAGGCUCUACAAAAGGUUGAUGAGAUUUUUGGUCCAGAGAACAAGGACCUUUAUGCUAUAUUUGAGGGAUUGAUAAGUCGCAAUAUCAAUUCAAAUGCCCCACCUCCGCCACAACAACCACAGUUUGUAAAUUACAUUCACUAUCUUCAUCUUCAUCUCAUUCUUCUUCUCCUUCUUUUUCUUCAGGCUCUUUCCUCUCUUGUCACAUUUUAUGUAUCUUCUCUUGUUGACAUUGUGGUGAUUUUCAUGGGCAGCAAUGGCUCCCGUGACAUUGCCAAAGCGAAGCAGGACCAGGUUGGAGAAGUUUCUUCCAGCUUUAGGACUUUAAGAUCUGCCUACUCUAACUCCUUUUCAAGUCAAGACUUGAGAUCAUUAGAUUUUGAAGAGGCUGCAGAGGGAGAGGAAGAGUAUGAGGAUUCAUGUAUAGCAAGAGGUCCUGAGGAUUGUCCAAGAAGCUUGGAUGUCGAAGAAGCUUCUUCGAAAGCCAGCACUUCAGACUCAGAUGAGAGAGCUUCCACUCACUGGCGCGGUUUCUUUGGAAUACUUAAGAAAGGACCACACAUUAAGUUCCAAACCUUCCCUCCUCUAAAGGGUGUCUCAAAAUUCACAAGAAGAAAGAGCAAAAGAAUUAGAGAGGAAAUGGUCCCACCAUUGAAUCCUCCCACCAAUGCUUCUUUAGAUGCUGAACUUAGUUGCUUCAAGUCUUCAUGGAAGAACUUUUCGCUAUCCGAGCUCCAAGUUGCAACCAACAACUUCAGUCAAGGGAAUUUGAUUGGUGAGGGAGGCUAUGCUGAGGUUUACAAGGGGGAAUUGGAAGAUGGUGAGCUCGUUGCGGUUAAACGUCUGACAAGAGGAAGCCAAGAAGAAAUGACAGCAGAUUUCUUGUCUGAGCUUGGGAUUAUAGUUCAUGUUGAUCAUCCCAACAUAGCCAAACUUAUUGGAUAUGGGGUUGAAGGUGGAAUGCACCUUGUUCUUGAUUUGUCUCCACAUGGGAGCCUUUCAUCUAUUCUUUAUGGCCCAAGGGAGAAACUUGACUGGGGAGUCAGAUACAAAAUCGUUUUAGGCACUGCUGUAGGCCUUCUAUAUCUCCAUGAAGGUUGUCAAAGGAGAAUUAUUCAUAAAGACAUCAAGGCUUCUAACAUCUUGCUUUCAGAGGAUUUUGAACCUCAGAUAUCAGAUUUUGGGCUUGCAAAGUGGCUACCUGACCAGUGGACUCACCAUAUUGUGUCAAAAUUCGAAGGCACAUUUGGUUACCUACCUCCUGAGUUCUUCAUGCAUGGUAUAGUAGAUGAGAAAACUGAUGUCUAUGCUUAUGGAGUACUACUCUUAGAACUCAUCACAGGACGCCAAGCUUUAGAUAGCUCACAAAAAAGUCUUGUUAUGUGGGCAAAACCUUUGCUCUCCAAGACUAGUUUCAAAGAGCUUGUGGAUCCGUGCCUCAGUGAAGCCUAUGAUGUCGAGCAAAUGAGCCGCGUAGUCUUGACAGCUUCAAUGUGCAUUCAUCAGUCUUCUGCAAACAGACCCCAAAUGAGCCAAGUUGUGCAAAUUCUGAAAGGCGAGGAGGACAGUUUGGAGAUUGUAAAACUGCGCCAAAAGUCUAAACUGCGGCGGACAUAUUCAGAAGAGCUUUUUGAUGCAGAAGAGUACAACUCAACCAAGUAUUUGAGCGACAUUAAUAGACAUAUGGAGACUGUUUUAGGCCCCUCCAAUGAUGAUUGAGUGUGCCCCUUCCUUUGUCAAAAAAACACUUGGAACCAUACAAGUUUGCUCUGAUUUGGAAGAAGAUCAAGAAAAACACAAAUGGGAAAAAGGAAGGAAAGAAGGAACCAUGUAAUCAUAAUUCAGUACUAUAGAUCAAAGACUUCUAACAUAAAUAUUGCUUACAAGUUAUUAAGGCCAAAAUUGUAUGGUGCAAAAGUGUUUCAAAAGGUUGUUGUUUCGUUUAUGAAAAGAUUUGAGUACUUUCAGCAUUUCCA